AUGGUCGCCAUUUCUACGCUCUUUGUCAUCGUCCCGGCUUUCGUCCUGUUAACCCAGGCUGCUCCUUCCCUGAGGAGGUGGCCUAGCGGCCCGGCUCAGAUGAGUGAGGAAGAGGCAAAGACAUUGUACAACUCUACGAUCGGUGGCUCUCUCCUCAGCCGUCAGCAGAAUUUGUGCCAGAUGAUCACUAUGGAACAGCUGAAUGCAAUGGGUGAUGCUCUACAAGAUGUCAAGAACUAUGCCACAGCCAACUGGGGCGGCGAUUGGGACACCAUAACAUACCACUGGAACGACUCCAUUAACCCGAAACAGUUGGACGGCCCAGCACAGGCCUGCUACCCGAGCCCGAUGCAGUUCACGGCAACGUGGAAUUCAGAUCCUACAUGCUCCAGCUCAAGCACCAAGUUUACUGGAUACAUUGCAGAGGGUACCAAUUCUGCCCAAGUAAAUAUUUACCAAGGCUCCUCCGUUAGCGCCUCGACCACAGUUGAAAGUAGCGAAACCCAGUUUACAGCUGGGCUUACGAUUGGAAUCCCAGCAAUAGCAGAGGUCUCCUACUCAGUCUCCGAAACUCUUUCUAUCUCUCUCAAGAACACCAAAGGUUCCACCACUACGUCCACGAAUGAUGCUCGUUCUACAGUGCAGGACACCGUUACUUGCAAUGGCCCGGCUAACGUAGAAGUGGACGUCGAUCUCCAGACCUGCACGGCCCAAGGCAAUGUCAACUUCCCUGUCACGCUAAGUGGCUGGGUGUGGUUCUACUACGGAUCCACGAGGAAUGGCCAUUACAAAUGGGCUGUUAAUCUGGAUAACUUCCCUAUUGGACAUUGUCAGCAGACCCUAUCGAUCUCCGUCAACGCAAACACACAGACAUUCGGCCACUUCUACGGUAACCUAACACUGACCUGGGCUGCACAUCCGAAGGCAACUGUUCCCCCGCUUGAGCUCUCUGUAGCACAGCUGAUGGCAUCAAUUAUCGCAGCGCCCUUUCCUUUGACUUAUCAAUAA